CCCAUCUCCCAUUCAGUCUUGCGCCAGUCCAGAAAGCCGAAUUCCCCUCCGAAAGAACCUGUUUCGUUGAAUUGUCUUACGACAUUGUGUUGCGACUGUUGAGUCCUAUCCCUCCGCAUCCGAGCUUAGUCCCACGCCCCAGACGACCCAGGCACCCGUCCGUCGUCAUUCGCUCCCCGCCUUGAUCCUCAUCCUUGCCUGCUUCCGUGCGUCCAAUCCUGGCGAUCGGUCCGUGACGAGUCAAAUUCUUCCAACAUGAGCAAUACCGACUUCCUAGGGAGGGCGAUUGACACGGUCAAGAAGGCCAUCGAGCACGACAAUGAGGGCGAGUAUGAGAAGGCUUAUCAGCUGUACUACUCCUCUCUGGAGUUGUUCAUGCUGGCUCUCAAGUGGGAGAAGAAUCCCAAGUCUAAGGAGAUGAUCCGCGCAAAGGCGGGCGAGUAUAUGGAUCGUGCGGAGAAGCUCAAGAAUCAUCUAGCUUCCCUCGAUAAUCGAAAAAAGCCGAGUGCGGUUGGCGCUAACGGCAAGGUGGCGCAGGGAAGUGGGAAGGGAGGAAACCAGGAAGAGGAUGGUGAGGAUGCCGAAUCCAAGAAGCUACGAUCCGCCCUUGCUGGGGCUAUCUUGUCGGACAAACCCAACGUGCAGUGGGAGGAUGUCGCGGGUCUGGAGAGCGCAAAGGAGGCAUUGAAAGAAGCGGUUAUUCUACCCAUCAAGUUUCCACACCUCUUCACGGGGAAACGCCAACCGUGGAAGGGCAUCCUCCUGUAUGGACCUCCGGGUACCGGAAAGUCAUAUCUCGCCAAGGCCGUUGCGACGGAAGCAAACAGCACAUUCUUCAGUGUCAGCAGUAGUGACUUGGUGUCGAAGUGGAUGGGUGAGAGUGAAAGACUUGUGAAACAGCUCUUCAACAUGGCCCGAGAAAACAAGCCAGCAAUUAUCUUCAUUGAUGAAGUCGAUGCCCUCUGCGGUCCUCGUGGGGAGGGUGAAUCGGAGGCAUCUCGUCGUAUCAAGACGGAGUUGCUGGUUCAGAUGGACGGUGUUGGCAAAGACUCAAAGGGUGUCCUGAUUCUCGGCGCAACGAAUAUCCCUUGGCAGCUGGAUGCAGCCAUUCGUCGUCGAUUCCAGCGGAGAGUCCACAUCAGUCUCCCCGAUAUCAACGCACGAAUGAAGAUGUUCAUGCUAGCAGUCGGCUCAACGCCCUGCGAAUUGACGCAAGCCGACUACCGAACUCUGGCAGAGAUGAGCGAGGGCUACUCCGGUAGCGAUAUCAGCAUUGCUGUCCAGGAUGCCCUGAUGCAACCAAUCCGCAAGAUCCAAACAGCAACGCACUACAAAAAGGUCAUCUUGGAGGGCGCCGAAAAGUUGACUCCCUGCUCGCCGGGCGACCAGGGCGCAAUGGAAAUGUCAUGGACGACUGUCGAAGCCGAACAGCUCCUGGAGCCCCCGCUCAUCCUGAAAGACUUCAUCAAGGCUGUCCGCAACUCCCGACCAACCGUCAGCCAAGAAGACCUGCAACGAAACUCUGAAUGGACCAAGGAAUUCGGCAGCGAGGGUGCCUAAACAAACCCUUCUAGAAAGAAACCCCCCCCCAAUACCUCGCCACGAAUCAGAACCCAACCUCAACCUCAAUAGAGUCAAGCUACAGCUAAAACCUCAUGAUUUUCCACACUCCCAUCUUGGUUAGGUACCAGCCUUUGACCGGCUGUCGAAUUGGACGAACGAAUGGAACGACCCCCCGCGCUGCUUCUACUUCUUCUAUCUCUCUAUCUAUACAUACACCCUUGCUCCCUCCGACUUACUAACGCUUUCCACUACUCAUUUCCCCUCUCCCUUUCACCCUCGACCUGGUGUUAGGAACGUUAUCAUUGUGCGGCAAGGCGAGGCGUUAUAGUUUCUGUUUACUACAUGACUUGGUGUGAAUGUCAGUUGAACUUAAUUUCUACCUCUAGAGUUUGCUCGCAAUGUAUGAUGGAUGCGUAUAGCAUUCGAGUUUCUUGUAGUUAUACACUCAUGACGUAAAACCAGGUUGA